AGGAACAAGGGCUCAGUGGCAACCGCUCUGCCUCCCAGCCCAGGGCUCUGUCUUGCCGGGGCUGGGACACAGGGUGGACCCCAGGAAGUUCUGCUAUGAGUCAGCUUCGAGUGCUCAGGGGACGGGACAGAGGCUGCUGGCCGGGGAAGGAUGCCGGCCGGCGGUACCUACUUCCGCAGCUGGAGCGGGCGGCGGCGGUGGAGGCAGAGGCGGAGGCGGAGCCAAGAGCGCACCGCCGCGCCCGCCGUGCCGGGCCUGAGCUGGAGCCGGGCGUGAGUCGCAGCAGGAGCCGCAGCCGGAGUCACAGCCGCAGCCAGAGCCGCAGCCAAAGCCUCAGAGAGCAGGAGUUGGAGCGCAGGCCCUGCUGGAUCCGCGCCUAGCUCGCCGCCAGGCACCGGCCGGAGCACGGGCCGUGGUGUCAGCUUACUGCCCGGGCGCUGUGGGAGGCAGCUAGCCCGCGACCCCCCGGGCCGGGCACCGCCAGGCGCGGAGCCCAGAUCGCCCCCCUGCCAGGCCUGGUCACGGCCAGAGCACGCAGGAGUUCCCAGGGUCUGGAUCUGCGCGCACCCUAAUGACCUGGGGACUGAAGAGAAAAAAGGAACGAGGAUUUCAUCUAAAAGCAUAACGUGGGCACUAGGCGAGGAGGAAAGUGGAGACCACCUGGCACGGGGCAGAGGUGCCUGGAGCCAACGCUUGAGCAUCGGAGACCCUGGCAUCCUAGCAGCCGCGACCUUGGCUCUGCCCUGAGCUGGAAACACAGCUUAGCUUCUAGACAUCGCUGGCACAGGCCUGGCACAAGUAAGCAGUGUUCUCACCUGUCUGAAACGGGACACGGGGUCGGAGGAACCAGGAUCUAGCCUGACCCCAAGCGGAACUCUCUGGUGGCCCAGAGGUCGUCACUGGGGAGCCCGCCUCCUGCCGUAGCCUCACUGGUGCGGAUGUGCCGCUGCCCGCCGGAGCACCAUGAUGGCAGGAUGACCUCAGCUGAAGUAGCAGCAGCAGCUGGUGGUGCUCAGGCGGCUGGGCCCCCCGAGUGGCCCCCUGGCAGCCCUCAGGCCCUCCGGCAGCCUGGCCGGGCCCGAGUGGCCAUGGCAGCACUGGUGUGGCUGCUGGCGGGAGCCAGCAUGUCAAGCCUCAACAAGUGGAUCUUCACAGUGCACGGCUUUGGGCGGCCCCUGCUGCUGUCGGCCCUGCACAUGCUGGUGGCAGCCCUGGCAUGCCACCGGGGGGCACGGCGCCCCAUGCCAGGCGGCACUCGCUGCCGAGUCCUACUGCUCAGUCUCACCUUCGGCACUUCCAUGGCCUGUGGCAACGUGGGCCUAAGGGCUGUGCCCCUGGACCUGGCACAACUGGUCACUACCACCACACCUCUGUUCACCCUGGCCCUGUCGGCACUGCUGCUGGGCCGCCGCCACCACCCGCUUCAGUUGGCCGCCAUGGGCCCGCUCUGCCUGGGGGCCGCCUGCAGCCUGGCUGGAGAGUUCCGGACACCCCCCACUGGCUGUGGCUUCCUGCUCGCAGCCACCUGCCUCCGCGGACUCAAGUCGGUUCAGCAAAGUGCCCUGCUGCAGGAGGAGAGGCUGGAUGCGGUGACCCUGCUUUACGCCACCUCGCUGCCCAGCUUCUGCCUGCUGGCGGGUGCAGCCCUGGUGCUGGAGGCUGGCGUCGCCCCACCGCCCACUGCUGGCGACUCUCGCCUCUGGGCCUGCAUCCUGCUCAGCUGCCUCCUGUCUGUUCUCUAUAACCUGGCCAGCUUCUCCCUGCUGGCCCUCACCUCUGCCCUCACCGUCCACGUCCUGGGCAACCUCACCGUGGUGGGCAACCUCAUCCUGUCCCGGCUGUUGUUUGGCAGCCGCCUCAGUGCCCUCAGCUACGUGGGCAUCGCACUCACUCUUUCAGGAAUGUUCCUUUACCACAACUGCGAGUUCGUGGCCUCCUGGGCUGCCCGUCGGGGGCUGUGGCGGAGGGACCAGCCCAGCAAGGGUCUUUGAGACCUGGGGGAUCUCAGGAGCCACCUGGGAUGGCCCUGGCCUGAAUCCAGCCUCCGCUGUGGCCAUAGAAAGGAAUGGAGAACAGGGCUGGGCAUGGUGGCUCACGCCUAUAAUCCCAGCACUUCCAGAGUCCGAGGUGGGUGGAUCACCUGAGGCCAGGAGUUCGAGACCAGCCUGGCUAACAUGGCAAAACCUCAUCUCUACUAAAAAUAGAAAAAUUAGCUGGGCAUGGUGGCGCAUGCCUAUAGUCCCAGCUACAUGGGAGGCUAAGGUGUGAGGAUCACUUGAGCCCUGGAGAUCGAGGCUGCAGUAAGCCAAGAUCGCAUGCUACUGCACUCCAGCCUGGGAGACAGAGCGAGACUCUGUCUCAAUUAAAAAAAAAAAAAAAGUGGAGAACUGGCAGUGACCUCUACUGGGGGCCAUGGCAAGGAGGAAAGCCUUCUGGAAGGGCUGCCUUGGAGAUUGGAAUGGGGACUCCCAGAGAGACCUGCGUUCCAUCCCUGCCUGCCUCACCCCUGCCGCAGACUCUGCUCACCACUGGAUGGUGGGUCCAAGCCUGGCACAGUCCCUGUGCUUGUCAGAGUCAUUAUUAUGAUUAAUAUCAAUUACGAUGCCAAAAAUUGCUGGGCAAACUUUGAAGACCUCAACUUGUUACAAUGACGAUGAUGAUGAUUCUUGGCGGUUACACAAUCCUUCCUCCUGGCGGGGAGGCAGCUAGGAGGCCCAGCAGGGGGGGCUUCUAUGCUGUUGGGCUCCCCUAGGGAGUUGGGGUAGUCUGUGCCAACUCCAGGCAGCUGCUGUGGCCUCACCCCUGGGCCCCCCAAUUUUGGGUCAUCCAUCCUCAAAUACACUAUUUUUGCUUGUA